UGCGCUGACAUUGUCAUCAACAAUUGAUUUUUGAAUACCCCUGAUGCCUAAUGUCUGUACCAAUAAAAACUCAGUAUGUUUGUCAAUAUUAUAAUGUUGACUUGUUAAAACUACCCACAUGGUCACUUGAUCUUUUAAACUGGUACCUGUAAACCCUUCUCAGUAUAACACAAUACAAUACAAUAUCCAUUUAUUUUCUCAUUUCAUAUGAAAAUAUGACAGAAUAAGAAGGUGUGACCAGUACGCUUGAUUGGAGAUGGGAGAAGCUACUUGUGAUGCAAUCCCUCAAACAUUUGCUCCUAGCUGUUUAAGUGCAUGCACGUGAGCACAGAGAACUGAAGAAGAGCUAAAUUGUGAUUGCCCAUUGUGCGCUGACAUUGUCAUCAACAGUUGCUUUUUGAAUACACCUGAUGCCUAAUGUCUGUACCAAUAAAAACUGUUUGUCAAUAUUAUAAUGUUAAUAAUUGAAACUAUAGAACUAUACAUGUAUGCGGAGGCUUUAAUUGUCGAUGGGUAGAGUAAGAUGAUUAUAACAGCCGUUGAUGAUAUACCCAUUCGCACUGUUGCUGAAUUUAAAAGCAUUUGGUUCCUACCACCGCCGCUUUCGUCGAAAAGUUUUACAACCAAACGAGCACACAGAAUUAGCUAGCACCUGUUUCAAGAAUGUCUUUUCUUCAACCGAAAUAAUACUAUGUGCAUGAUGAAAGAAGGUGUAUUAUGUGUUGGUCGUAUCCUUUUAUGGCGAAAUAGUGUUGCAUUUAUGCAGACGACAUGAAGAAAGCAGACUUAUUGUUGUCUUAAUCAAAUGUUUAACAUUUGGACAAAAUGUUUAAUGCUUACGAUGUAGGUCAACAUGCAAGUUUUUGGAAACACUGCUUUAUCACCAUUCGUUUGUCAAUGCUUAACAUGAAGAUACUGGACAUUACGUGUAUUGAAUUUUGAAAAGACAUAAUUAAUGCGAUAACAGGAAGAUAUCAAUGAUAAAACAUCAUUUUGUGUGAUAUUCGAAACGGGUAGUGAACAUAAAACAAAAUGGUGUACAAACUUUUCUUUGGAGUUCUUACGGUCUUAUGUUUCACAGAAGUGGUGAAUGGGAUAAGGUGUUCGUAUUACGACUAUGACAGGGCUUACAGCAAGGUUACAAAGUAUAAGUAUUGCGACAGCGGCUGUUGCGGUGAUAUGAACAAUAGAUAUUGUUGUUACAGUAACGUUGGACUUAUUAUUGGCAUAAGUAUUGGAUCAAUUCUGCUAGUCGUUACUGUUGUUACAGUGUUUGUUGUAAUUUGUUGUUGUUGUAAGAAGUCUCGUGGACAGCCAGGACAGGUGUUUCAACCAGCAAGUGUAACAACAACAGUUCAUGGUAUGCAGACAAUACCACCGACUUUGGAUUCAUCAAUGGUGCAUACCCACAGCUAAUACAGACAGCAAAUAUGGUUCCUGGAACAGCGCAGACAUGGCAAGAGCCUCCGUCGGUAACCACUACCACAAACAAUAUCUAGAACCAUUAAUUCAUACGGCGCAACAAUAGUGCCGCGGAUACGUUUAUUACCUUCCGUCUUAGGAAUUUUUACUUUGUAGUUUGUAAACUGAGCUAAAAAUAUGCGUAUCAAAUCAUACCGGACACGCAGAAUUGAAAUAUAAUUUUUCUUUCAUGAGCCAUUGUGUACUACGGUUGCUCAUACUCUUUUGUAGAGAAAUAGAAUAAUUAUACUUUUUUUUCAUGUUUUAUUCUUCAAAAAUAUGUUAUACAUGUACUUGUAAUUGUAAUUGUGCAAUUGUGCGUCAGACAUAUUAUUAGGUACUUUUGGUGAAAAACAGUGAUGAUAUAUUUGUAUCUUACUUGAAACAUAGCAGCAUUUUGUAAUUUUGACAAAUCAAGCUUAAUUAUAUUCACCACUGAGAGUUCCUAAAGAAAACAUUCGACAGAGCUAUAAUAAUUUUUUAAGAAACAGUUUGUUUGUUAUUAUUCUGUAUAUACACUCAGCUAAAGUUCUAACUCCACACUUUUGAAAUAUGGUUUUUUUUCUUGCUAUAGCCGGUAAUAUAUCUAUUUGUCGUACAUAUCGUCCUACAGAUAACCGAUAUUAUUUCAAACAAAUAGCCCCAUCUUCACUGAUUUCCACCGUGCACGUGCAUUACGUGCUUUUCAUGUUUAUAUAUCUACCGGUCUCUCUACACGGUCCAAAAUAUGUAUAUAUGAAAUCUGUGUGAUUAGUCCACAUUGAAAAACAUAAAAGUUUCCAGUUUUUACAAGUAUAUGCCGGAUGACGUUAGAUGAGAAAGGGUGCGCCGUAGGUAUGUUCCAGAGUGGCAUAUCAAACCGAGAGGUACACGCUUAAACAACAUGUUUUAUAUGAAAUAAUAUUCGAAAACUAGUUCGAACGAAAAUAACAUUCGUAUGCUACCGUGGUGUUCAAAGUCUGCUGACUUGAACCCCAUUGAACACCGGUGGGAUGAACUUGGGCGAAGAGUCAGGAGUCUGAGACCUGUUCCUCGCAAUCUCCAUGAACUACAAAAUGCUGUUGUAAGAACAUGGAAUGCUAUUCCACAGGUGCGUAUCCGACUGUUCAUUCGAUUCAUGCGUUCCAGGUGUACAGCCGUUAUUAAUGCUGUCAGAGGUCACACGAGAUACUAAGAUCUCGGAUUGUGUGACUUUUCAUUUUGAGGAUUGUACUGUUCAAAUUGUUCAGGCUUCAUAGAAUUUGCCAUUUUACGCAAUUGUUUCAUGAAUUACCUUUAUUAAACAUUUGAUCUAUGUAGUGUCCAACUUUUGUUGAAAUAUGUCCAAAGGUUAGCGAGAUAUCUCCAAAAUUGUAGGUGUGGAGUUAGAAUUUUUGUAUAGAUAAAAUGAAUGUCUUUAUUUGUAGUAAACCUUUCUUGCAUAUUUAUCCAUGUAUUUCAUCCUAUUAAGCUCUUUUACUGCGAGAAGUAUUUGGGUACCUAAUAGAAAUGUCUAAAAAAUGGCAUUCGCUUGGUAUAUUCUUAAAGUUGACCUUGUUUUGCACUGUGUUGCAACUUUUACCGUGCCCUUUUUGUAAAUUUUGUAUAAUUUAUGAUAUUUCCUCAAGCUCAAGUAGAGACACUCAUUGUCAAAAUUGUUUGCAGGGAAUUCAUUAAACCAUAAAUGUUGAUGAAAGAAACGUCAAACUAUUGGUAAACAA